AUGUGCAAGCCCCUGAUACGAAGCCACGUGUUCCAGAGUGUGUUGUCUCGUCUGAUGUGGCACUCGUUUGAAAUCCUUCGUUCAGUGUGUGAUCCAUCCAUACAAAUCUCUUUGUCCUGGUCGUCUGCAUUCAUUCUCACAAUCCUAGAUCUUUUCUCAGAUCUCCAUUGUCGCCUCACCUCCUGUUACCCUGCACAUACCACGCGCGCCAUGGCCUCCUCUAUCGCACUCACGUCAGGAGCGUCUCUCCUCGCCGCUCCUCGCGUCCGCAUCCAGCCAACCGUGAGGUCGCGAGUCGGUCAACGGGUGGGUCCAGCGAGGGCUCUCUUCGGCGGUGGCAAGGACGGCGAUCUGAGCGCCGAUGGCGCCAAAAACGCGGGGCCGUUCGGCAACAUGGCGAAUCUGUUCGAGACGGUGCGCAAGGCGCAGCAGGUGGUGCAGGUGGAGGCCGUCAAGGUGCAGAAGGAACUCGCUGCGGCCGAGUUCGACGGCUACUGCGAAGACGAGCUCGUUAAGGUGACGCUGACGGGCAACCAGGAGCCGUGCCGGUGUGAGAUCACCGAUGCUGCCAUGGAGCUCGGAGCAGAGAAGCUGGGCGAGCUGAUCACGGAGGCAUACAAGGACGCACAUCAGAAGAGUGUCACGGCCAUGAAGCUACGCAUGAAGGACCUUGCAUCCAGCCUAGGCAUGCCUCCCACCAUGAUGGCGGUGUCGCUAGAUAACGUGGAGUCGUUCCUCGCGAGCUGCAAGGAAUCCGGCAAUCAGGUGAGCUCCCAUUCCUGUGCUGCUUUGUCGUCUGAAUCAAGAGCUUGCACGAGCUCUCUCGUUUCGCCUCCCGCGUUGCUUAUUCUCCGCGGCUGUGUGCGUGCCGUGGCUGUCCUCUCGUCGCAGGCGUAUUCCAACUUCAAGGAGAUCCUCAAGGCGCUGCGCAAUCCCGAAACCCAAGCCGCCGCCAGAAGGUUCCUGGCGGCGCUGGAGGCGGCGAUGCCAGCGGAGCCCGCGGAGGAGGUGAUGCGCACCUUCAACUUCCGCAUCCACACACUCGCGCUCUCCCCGCUCCCCUACUCCGACCACGACCCUGCAGGCGCACAUCAAAACGGAGCUGCCGGCGCCGCCACCGCCAACAGCAAUGGAGCCGCAGGGGAGAGCACAAGCAGCAGUGCAGGAGGGGCCGUGCGGCAGACGCUGGCGCUGGUGGAGCUGCCGUCAAUAUUCAUCCCCGAGGACUGGUCGUUCACCUUCUACGAGGGCCUCACCCGCCACCCCGACGCCGGGUUCACGGGGCGGGAUGUGGCCGAGCUGGGCUGCGGCAAUGGGUGGAUCUCCAUCGCCCUCGCCCACCGCUGGGCGCCCCGCAAGGUGUACGGGUUGGACAUCAACCCGCGUGCAGUGCAGGUGGCGUGGAUAAACCUGUACCUCAACGCGCUCUCGGCGCUGGACGGGCUGCCAGUGCGCGACAGCGAGGGCCUGUCGCUGCUGGACCGCUGCGAGUUCCUCGAAUCCGACCUGCUGGGGGCGCUCUCUCAGCGCGGGGUCACUCUCGACCGCAUCGUCGGCUGCAUCCCCCAGGUGCUAACACCGGACCCCAAGGCAGCGUUGAAGAUAGUAUCGGAGACGAUGAGUGAGGAGUUUCUGUACUCGCUGUCCAACUACUGCAGCCUGCAGGGCUACGUCGAGGACCAGUUUGGGCUGGGGCUCAUCGCGCGCGCCGUGGAGGAGAGCAUCGCCGCGCUCAAGCCCGCGGGCGCGCUGCUCAUGAACAUGGGCGGCCGCCCCGGCAUGGCCGUGUGCGAGCGCCUCUUCCGCCGCCGCGGGUUUGAGAUUGAGAAGCUGUGGCAGACACGCGUGUUCCAGGCGGCUGAUACGGACAUACAGGCGCUGGUGGAGAUUGAGAGGCAGAGCCGCCACCGCUUUGAGUUUUUUAUGGGGCUUGGCAUGGGCGCGGCUACUACGGGUGAUGAGCCUAUCAGUGCAAGGACGGCGUAUGCGUUUGCCAAGGCGGGUGGGAGGAUCGCGCAUGGGCUCACGGUGUUUGAGUGCCGCCUGCGCCAGCCCAACCACGUGAAGGAGCUGUUCCGGUGGCUGGCGCGGCCAGAGUACGCAGCAACGCGCAGUGCAGUGGACCUCGCCUUCUCCUCCAACGCCGUCGCUGACGAGAAGACGCCCUUCCUCGCCACACUGCUGCGCACGCUGCACCACGCCUCGCUCGCCCUUUCGCCCUCCUCCGCGCUCACCCCCUCCCCCCCUGCGCUGUGCCCGUCGGACGAGCCCCCUGCGGGCACGCUGCGCUUCCGCUCCCAGGUGGCGGGCUUCCUCCGCCUCUACUUCCGCGCCCCCCUCUCCGCGCAGAACGUGGUGGUGCUGCCGACGCGCGCCACAGCAGUGGAGAACAUUCUGCGCCUCUACCUGCCGGGGCUCGCCCUCGUUGACGCCUCCCUCACCCGCCACCUCCCCCACUCCUGGCUCGCCUCCGCCCCACCUGAUGGCCCGCCCUCCCACACCGCCACUCACGCUCAGUCCACGCCAGUGGUGCUGGAAGCACCGAGGCGCAGCGACCUGCUGCUGAAGCUGCUGCGGGCCCUGCGCCCGGCAGUGCUCAUCGCAGCGCUGCCCGACUUUGAGAUGCGCUCGCCCACGGCCGUGCACCUGCUGCUCGCCGCCGCGGCGGAGACGCACACGCGCGUGUUCUUCGACAUCUCGGACCACCUGGAGCUCUCCAGUGUGCCGCCCAGCAACGGCGUGCUACAGUACCUGGCGGAGCAGGCGCUGCCGCCCCACGCGGGCGUGAUCUGCGGGCUGGUGCGCAACCAGGUGUACAGCGACCUUGAGGUUGCCUUUGUGCUCGCGGAGUCGCGGGCGCUGCUGGCGUGGCUGGCGGGCAUGGGCGAGCUGACCUACUUCCGGGUGGCGCGCAUGAAGCAGCUCUACUAUGGCUGCCUGCUCGAUGAGCUGCUCUCCUUCCAGAUCCCCGACCGCCACACCGUCGCUGAGAGGCCAUUGCAGGACGACCCGCCCUCGUCGCCCUUCAUCUCCAUCCACCCCAACGCCGCGCGUGCCUUCAACCACCCCACCCUGCGCACCCUCUCCCUCACCCACGCCCUCCCAUCACCCUCCCCCUCCUCCUCCACCACCACCACCACGGGUAGCACAGCAGCAGCGCAUACAGGCGCAGGCCCCGCAGUGCCUGUCACGGUGCGCAUGGACGUGGGGUCGGGAGCGCUGCCAGCGCCAUCGGUGGUGCAGCCGCUCGUGGUGGAGGGCUUCGUGCGCCAACACCUCAGUGAAGCUGAGACGGACCCCCGCACUGAAAUCCUGCACCUGCUGCACCGUGAGUUUGGCGUGAGGGCGGAGGGCACAACAGUGGUGACGGGGGACGGCUCAAGGGUGCUGUUUGUGCGCCUCAUGGCCGCCUGUGCUGCGGAGGGCGGCACAGCUGUCUUCCCAGCGGGCUCGUACGGCAUGUGUCUGGCGGCGGCACGCCUGUGUGGCUGCCAGGUCAACGUGCUGCCUGUCACCUCAGCUGACACGCGCUUCGCACUCACAGCAGACCAGCUGGAGGCAGCGCUAGCAGGAGUGACGCGGCCGUGGCUGGUGCUGUCAGCGCCGGUGGUGAACCCCACGGGGGCGCUCUACUCGCCGUCGCACCUGGCGUCGCUGCUGGGCGUGUGCAUGCGCGUGGGCGCGCGGGUCAUCCUUGACUCCGCCUUCCACUCCCUCACCUUCCACGCCCACCCACACCUGUGCCUCGAACCCUACCUCGGCCGCACGGGCGAUGACGUGGAUGGGGAGGGGGAGGGGGAGGGGGAGAGGAGGGAGAAGGCGCACGAGCACUAUGCGCUGGUGCUCAUGGGGGACCUGUCGCCUCAGCUGUCCACGCUGGGCAUCCAGUUUGCCUACGUGGCAUUCUGGGAUUCGUCCUUCAAGGAGGCCCUCAGCACUGCGGUGCCACCUCAUCGCACACUGCGCUUUGCUGUCAAGCGAAUGCUAUCCAACGAGGUGGCAUCAGAGCUGGCGGGGGAGAUGGCAGUGCGGCGCGAGCAGCUGCAGCAGAGGGCGGACCAGCUUUGUCAGGUUCUGUCAAGCUGUGGCUGGGACCCCAUUCGCCCAGAGGGAGGAAUAUUCCUGGUGGCACGCCCUACGGCCUACGAGGGCAAGCAGUUCACCUACCAGCCGCCGUCAACCAAUGGCGAUCAAGAGCCGCAGCCCCUCAGAGUCACCCUCGAUAGUGUCAAUAUAUCCGAGGCUCUGUUCUCAACGACGGGUCUGAUGAUCAACAACAGCGACUGGACAAGCAUUCCCGGCUACUGCCGCUUCGUGCUGCUGUUAGAUGACCACCGCUUCAACCUCGCCCUGCAGUGCCUAGACAAGUUCCACAAGCUGGUUCUGGCUGGCUGA